GAUCCAUGAAGGGACGCGAAAGAUCGGCGUUUCUUGAAGUGCACAUUGAGACCGUCCAGUGUAUCAGCAUGAGGCUCCAUCUUCUUCUGCUUGCUUUAAUCGUCCAGUAUGUGGGUGCAGACGACGAUUCCACUCCGGAGAAGGACCUCAUUUCACAGUACAUCCACGUGCCGACGUCCUGCGAGACCGAAAAUUGUGUGGCUGGCGGCUGUCUGUUCGAGAACUGCGUCUCUCCGCUGUCCUGCAAAGGAGGACUCUGCUACUUCCGGAAAUGCAAAGAGGCUGUAUGUGAAGGAGGGGCCUGUGUAUUUGACAACACAGCAGAGGCCUCGUGUCCAGGAGGCGGCUGUCAGUUUGUCAAUGUUCCAGCAACACUAGCAGAUGGAUACUGCGACGGUGGGGGCUGCACAUUGGAUGGAGACAGUCACCCAUCCAGCUUAAGCGGAUCCCUCGCGCAAUGAGGACAAAGCGACAAUAGCCACGCAGUUUCUUACUUUUCAAAGUAGUGAGUUGGCUAAUAAAAAAAAUAUAUUGCACGAAUCCGUCGCUUUAGUACUGAAUA